UUCCCGUGUGGUAAAUUCUUAUUGGAAGAAUAGUACAUCCACAGAAGCAGAAUUUAUUAUAUAUAUAUGUCUCCAUGUGUGUAUAUGACAGAAAUUUACUUGAGAGUCUAUAUGGGGUAAAAGAACACUAUGGGAAAGGCAGCAGGCAUCAAAAGACUCCAUGCAUCUAACACUGAAAUGAAGUAUGCACUGGUACCAAAAUGGGUGAUUGUUAUGUUCAAAACCAUAUUCUUCAGCACUUGCAUGGCUCAUCCAGGCUUAAAGAAGAACGAAAUGGAUAGAUUUUGCAUCGAUUGCCAUUCUGCUUUCUGUCAGAAUUGUCUUCCAGUUCAUGCUCUCCACAAGCACGUUAAGAUCCGAAGAUACAUCUACAGUGAUGUAAUUAAUCGGCAAGACCUCUGCAAGCUCUUCAACUGUUCAGGCAUCCAGACUUAUCUUACAAAUAAAGCCAAAGUGCUGUUCUUGAAGCAAAGGAAUCAGCAUCAACAGCGACAUCAGCAAAGUCAUGUAAAGGAUUAUAGAUGUAUAAUUUGUGACAGAAGUUUACAAGAUAAUAAUUCUCUCUACUGCAGCAUUGCAUGCAAGGUUUCAGCCAUAUAUGAAGAAGAUGAAGAAUGCCUAUCUUUAGUUAAGAGGCAGAGACUGAAGCAAUCAAGAAAAGGAAUCCCAUUAAGGGCCCCAAUGUUCUGAUAUUCUAUCUAUGCCCGUGUUUGUAAUUAAUUUCAUUCUGGCGCCUAUCAAAGUAAUUUGAGAAAAGCAGAGAGGAAAGACUUUGUAAUUUGCCAA